AUGCAACCAGUGACGAAGCGGCUGCAGAAAGAGUUAGCAGACAUCACUUUAGAUCCUCCACCCGAUUGCAGUGCUGGUCCAAAGGGAGACAACCUAUUUGAGUGGGUAGCAACCAUACAAGGACCAACAGGAUCUGUAUACGAGGGAGGCACAUUCUUCUUGGACAUCUCAUUUCCCAAAGACUAUCCAUUCAAACCUCCUAAGUUGACUUUCAAGACAAAGAUAUAUCACUGCAAUGUCAAUAGUCAGGGAAUGAUUUGUCUUGACCUUCUCCAAGACAACUGGAGCCCUGCAUUGAGGAUAUCAAAAGUUCUCUUAGGUGUGACGUCACUGCUAACCGACUGUAAUCCAGAUGACCCACUAGUUGGCAGCAUCGCUCGUCAAUAUAACACUCAACGAGAGGAGCAUGAUCGAAUAGCUCGUCUUUGGACUCAAAGAUUUGCUAGAUAGAAGUGAACGGUCCUAAGGAUUAUGAUAUUGUUAAUAUACUUUGUUUAAUUAAUUAAAAGAUUUAUAGCAUAGUAAUACUAAUACUAGUAGAGAGAUAGCAACUUGUCACUCAGUCUAGCUAGAAAGCACUUUUCA